ACAACCAUUCACCACAAGAUGGCGCUCGUGAUGACGCGCGAGGACACGCAAGGCCUAACCUCUAUGGUAGGCGUCCGUGACGGGCGGCCAUGUUUAAAGUACAAGGACAUGUGUAGCAGGAAAGUGUCAGACGGUGGAAGUGCUUUUAUACGGUUACGUGGUUAAGGUAUAAACUGCAUUUACUUGAAACUUCUGUGAACCCAACAGACUGCUAUGGCUCUCUCCGCAAUGCUCAGGCUUCAGUCUCUACGCUCCCUGGCCCCACACUGCAAGCUGUUUGCAUCUUCUCUACAAGCGCACACACGGCAGCCAUGUCGCUCUCACCGCCUCGCUCCAACAGACGACGAGCUCUACCAGAGAACCACUGUUACCCGCAUAGAAAGAGACUCUUCAGAGAUUAUGUUUGUUGAGAGUUACAGCUCGCAGGGGUUCAUCAUUAACGGGGACCGAGUACUGGGUCCCUGUGCGGUCAUUCCACGGGCCAUCCUGCAAUGGAAUGUUGGGUCUUGCAAAGAUAUCAACGUGGAAAGCCUGUCAUUGUUUCACAUGCUGGUUCCCAGGAUAGAAAUCCUAGUUGUGGGAACAGGCGACAGAGUGGAAAGACUGGAUCCCAACAUCCUGAAAUUUAUGAGACUGAAAGGGAUUGCUGUUGAGGUGCAAGAUACGGCCAACGCUUGUGCAACCUUUAACUUCUUAGUAAGUGAAAGACGAAUAACAGCAGCUGCACUUAUCCCUCCCCAGCUGGUUUCCAAGGAUCCUUUGUAGCACAGCAGCUAAUCUGGGCUCAUUACAUGGACUGGUACCAGGGGAAGCUUUGCUGGUGUUUCUGGGAGUAUGAAUGGACAAGUCUGACAGUCACAGGGUAUAUAGAUACCUCCGGAGAACGACUUGUCGUGCUAUGACUGUAAACUCAUCCACCUCUAUGAUUUCUCUGUCACUUAAAAGGGAAAAGACCGAAGAGCAAAGUCAUUGUCUAGCAUUUAUAAAUACAGAGCGAGUGAACCAAUCACAGUGUCUCUUUACAUUCAGUAAAUGCAGGGAAAUGGUUUUUUUUGGCCAAGCAGUGAUCCUCCAGAUAUUACUGAACAACAACUCUCAGCAGUUAAGUCCAUCAGGAGGGCUGCCAGUUGCCCCUGCAUAUUUCUGAGAAACUAGCUAAAAAGGCAUCGGUUAAGUUCCCAUAAUGUAUUUAUAUUUAACAUGUAAAACAGUCUUCCGUUAUAUUA